CCUAUUGCUUCACUCCUAUCUUCUCCUACUAUUUCCCUAUCAGUUUCAUCAUUUCCCAUUUCCUUUGCUCCAUUUUGUUUCAAUCUCCAUCUCCCCCUCUAUUUAUCUAGCACAAGUCUCUGUAAUUCUCUGAUACCAAAAUCCCAAUGGCUCGAUCACUGUUUUUGCUCGCCCUCUGCACUCUUCCGGCACUUGUGAGCGCCGCUCGCCCCCAAAGAAACCCAUUUGAAGUGGAGGGUCGUGUGUUCUGUGACACUUGCCGCGCUGGUUUCGAGACCCCCAAAACCACCUACAUCGCUGGUGCUAAGGUUAAAGUGGAAUGCAAGGACAGGAAGACCAUGGAUCUUGUAUACAGCAAGGAAGGAACAACCGAUUCAACAGGAACAUAUAAAAUCUAUGUUGAUGAGGAUCAUCAGGAUCAGCUGUGCGAUGCUAUGCUAGUUAGCAGCCCCAUCAAGGACUGCAAAUCACCAUCAUCAGGGCGUGAUCGUGCACGUGUUAUCUUGACCAGUUACAAUGGCAUUGCAUCAAACAAACGUUUCGCCAAUGCUAUGGGUUUCAUGAAGGAGGAGGCCAUGUCUGGUUGCGCUGAGCUUCUCAGGCAAUACCAGGAGUAUGAAGAUUAGAUUUUUAGCUUGGAGUUCCUCUGAGCCUGGUUGAUUAAUGAUUGCUGGGGCUAUUCUGUUUAUCUAUAAUUACUUAGUGUCAUUAUUAUCAUAAUCCGGAUUCAUAUGUUGUUUUGAGUGUUUAGAGGACUAUAAUUUUUUCUGUUAAUGGACUCUUAUAAUGUAUUGGCUUUGAAUGAAUGAAUGAAUAUGUUAUGGGGGCUUUGAGCA